GAUACACACCGUAUCCUAUGCGGGUGUAUGUUGAUUUUACACAGGUAUAAUUAAAUAAAAAUAGUGAUAAAUACCUCCAAAUAAAAAGAUAAAAGGGAAGAAGAAUGAAAAUGAGUUAAGUUAUACAAUGUGAAAAAGUUUAUUACCGACAAAAUAUGGAUAAUACCGAAUUGUUGUUCUUCGAUACAUUCUCCCAUGACAUUUCAGAGGAAUUGAACCUGGAUUUGGUGCAAUUCCCCAAGCCUGUUUAUAUUAGCGAAGUAAGAAUAAUACCAUUGGGUGCACGAGUACAAGCAGACUUUCCAGGAGGAGUACGCCUCGGAGCAACCAAUCCUUCUCAAUUUGAAAUUGAGUUUUUUGUGAAUGACCUCAGUAAGCCUGGAGCAUCUACUUUCGAAUCUCUGGGUGGGUUAGAAUACAAGCAGAACAUUCACAUUCAACUGGAAUGCGAGCGAAAACAGAUACCAACUGAUGGAUUAGUGCUAAGAGGAUGGUAUACCACGAUAACGCUAGCAGUGUAUGGUACUCUGACAAAAUCGCUGAACAAUCCUCAGGAGGUCAAUAGUUCAACAGCAGGAUCUACCACUUGUGUCAGUGCCCUGGAAGAAAAUCCUAAAGGUGCUGCUCAGACUCCUUCGGAACAGCAACCUGAGUGGUAUUACGAGAACCAGCAUCAAACAAAUUCAUCGGAAACAUGCGUCGCCGCAACUCCGCCACCGCCGGUUCAACCAAUUCAGGUUGUAGAGCCGUCCAGGACUGCCGCGCCGGACACCGAGAAGGCAGAAUCAGCACAGUGGGAAGAGGAGGCACCCUGCAAUACAGGCGAAAAACCCUCGAAACGACCUUCCUCUCCUCCUACGGAGUCCUUGAUCUCUCUGAGUCCCGAGUCCAUCUCUGCCGAAGAAGAGGAAGCGGAACAACAGGAAGCGGCCGAACCGGAGACUGGCGAGCCGUUCGAGCCUAUAUUAUCGGACGAAGACAUAAUGACUGACGAUGUGCCAUCUACAGCCGAAUUCGAGUGCGAGGCGCAGAUCGACGAGAUCUACGCGCUGAUGCCGCCCGAUCUGCUGAGUCUAGAGAAACCGGGGAAUCUGGAGGAGCCCUGCGUGAGCCACGAGACUUUACUGAAGAUCAAAGAGAUCCUCCAGCCCUUGUCCAAGUCGGUCACGCAUUUCCACAACGCGUCUGGUCAGGAGAAAGAAACGUUCGUCCAUAACUGCGAAUCUCUCUGUGCCAUAUUAGGUCCGUUCGACUUCAGCACGGACAAUGUCAACGACUUGACCAACAUCGUCAACGCUGGCUUAGACAUGGACUUCGCUAGAGCCCAGCCGCAACCGGCGUACAAGGUGCGGCACGUGAAGGUGGGUGUACGUUUAGCGGAAGCUCUCUGUCGAUUAUCCAUAGGUCCGGAGAUUCUGCUAAAGGUCGACGCGCCGUCCAAGCUGCUGUCUCUCUGCAUGCGCGAGAACGUGGCGCUGCCGGUGAAACUUUCCGCCCUGCGAGCCCUCGACGCCGCGCUGAUCAGUCCGGUGAUCGUGCAGGAGUUCUUAAAUCUGAAGAUCAGUCUGUACAGAAAGGCACUGACGAUGCUGGACACGGUGAAGUUAGCCAGACUGAAGUACGCCCUAAGCUCGCUCCUCCGCAAGGUCCACGUCUACGAGUAUCUGGAGGAGACGAGAGAAUUCGAGGAACUCGGUCUGGCCGAGCUGAUGAACGCCUACAUUUGCGCGCCGACAUUGAUGGCGCAGCCCAAACGCCAGCUGCCGGCCGGUGCUCAGAUGGAGUUCGAGCGAGAACGCACUCGCAAUCCUCGCGCCCACCUGGUAGUCUACUUCGAGUACCACAAGUUAACCCAUCACCUCCUGCUGGCAUUGUCCUCUCCCGAGUGCGACUUCAAGGUGAUCAAGCUGAUCCGCCGCUUCCUCCUGCAUCUCUCCGGCACGAAGGAAGGCCUGUUCUACCUGAUGAAGGAGGCCGAGGUGGUACGGCUGAUGCUGAAGGCCCUGAAAUGCGAGUUACCGGGCGCCGGUUGCAUCUUGGCGUGGCGUCUUCAAGUCGCCCAGUGUUUGAUCCGCUUGAGACAGAACGACCCGGACGACUGGAUGACUCUGAAACAACUGCACUCCUUCCUCGUGUUUCCCGACGGCUUGCGCGCCAUUAUCAAGGUAGCGCCGUUAGGCGACUUCAUGGACGUCCUGAUCCCCUAUUUGUCGGACUCCAAUCUCUGCGAGUUCGCCGCCGAAGUGAUCUCCGCCAUCGUGCGCUACUCCGACCGUGUGGAGAUCCUGCAGAACCGCGCGGAACUGAUGCUGGAUAAGGCGCGCGAACAUGCUGUACUCAGGGAUGUGACGUCGUAUUUGACGACCGCGGCUCAGGCCUCUCACUGGGACUACAGCGACGUGUCAUCGCUGGUAGCGAUCGUCAGGAAGAGCGCGGAGAAGGCUGCGUCUCUGCCUGGUCAACUGAUCACCGCCUGCAGGAUCCUGCAUUAUCUCAUCUUCCCGUCGAACAACGACGUCGACCCCAUGGAACCCUACGUCGAGCUGAAAUAUAGGAACGCCUUGACGCAGCUCUUCGCCGCCGACGGUCUCACCGCCCUGGUCGCUGUGAUGGCGAACGUCUCCGAGUUCUACGAACAGCCGUUCCUCCAUCGCGCCGCCCUGACGGGCCGCAGAGGUAUGGCGUUGGUCGCCCUUCUGCUGCCCUGCGUGAAGCUGACCCGGGCACUGCUGGAGAGGCUCGUCAAGUGCAUGGCGACGGACUUCAAGGAUCUCACGGCUGUCGUUCCGCUCUUGGGUGUCUAUUCCUUGGUUGAGGCCGUGCCGCCUAAUCUAGUAGUGCGGACUCUGUCCGAGGAGAUCGUGGGCACGCUGCUGGUGUUCACCCAGGCGGUCGAUUCCGACGGUUCCGGCAACGUAGCCAAGUCUCUGUGGACUCAGAUGUUGGGCGAGGUGCUGAAAAUGGUCUCGCUCAGUCCCUGCAACUUCGUGCCGGGUCUGAAGCUGCUGGCACGCCUGUUACCGCCCGUCCUGACACCGCGAGAGACCGCCACCGAGGACGCGGCGAGAGUUGUAGGCCUGAGGAAACUCUGGUCGGCGCAUCUGCAAGCGCAAGCCACGAAUCUCACGGAAACUCUGCGAUUACUCUGCGCCACUUGGAACGGAGAAGUCUUGCUCCUUUUGUCCACGGUGUGCAAGCAGUUGAGCGACCUGGCGGCGCCGACGGCUCUUUUGGUCGGAAGAUGUCUCUUGGAUGGCAUCUUAGCGGCCACUCCUCAGAAUAAUAUUCCCAUUCUCGCUCUGAUCAGCGAUCUAGCUAGGCACGCGCCCAUGAAGGCCACCUUGCUGACCCUGACGAGUCCUGCGUCCAGGGCACAGGUGAAAUCCGAUCAGAAGUACCCACCGGUCAUCGAGAUGAUGUGCUCCACCCUGAAGAACAGCGGUGAAGUCCGUGCGCAGUACGAAAUCCUCAGUAUCUUCGAGACCCUGUGCGACUGUGGUCUGAGCCUGAUGCAGGAGGAUAACGAGCCCUUCGAGAAGAAGCUUACGCAUUCGGUACCCAGCAAGGAACCUUUACUGUCAAUCCUCGCGGCUCUGAUCGAAAUCUUAGCCACCAGCACGAAGUACCAGCUGGAUGUGAUAGAGUGCACCCUGCACGUCCUCCUGUCCCUCAUCGGUCACAACUAUGGCCUGUACCACGUAAAGAGCUGCCUGGAAAACAACCCUGGUGCCUUACGCGCGUUGCUGGAUCACGUGUCUACUUUGGAAGAUCCCGAGACGUGUCCCCUGGUGGGCCUGACCGUGACCUUCUUGGAAAAUUUGAUUGCUUCCGAGAGACGAUCCCUACACCUGCGCGCACAGCAGUUGGCCUCUUUGAUCUCUUGGGAGAGAAACGACCAUCCCUUGGAGAAAUUGAAGCGCGCGAAGGAGCUGGUGGAGACUUUGAAGGCCGAAGAGAGAGAGGAGAAAGAACCCAUCCCGGAGAUGUUGGAACCGCUGUUGCCUACUCCGGAGGCUCUGUUGAAUCAGUUCUCGCAAAGAUGCGCCGGGACGACCGGUAACAGUCCGGCCCGGUCCACGAAAUUCUCCUUCGCGACGACCAGUCAGAUACAAGCGGAGAAUACGGUAGACCUGUUGGCACUCGCCGCCGAGUUACUGCCCGCUGACUUCAAUCUGUUGGCGGAGGCGCAGAAUUUGUGCUCCAAAGCACCUCCCGACGACGCCACCCAACCUCUGCAGUCGAAACCGCAAGAUGAGGAGCAAGAAAGCAGAACGGAGAAGCAGAGCUCCCCAAUCGCCAAGUCGAAGCAGCCGUUUGUGACACCGGUACGAGGUAGAAACCAGUUCACCAACUCAUUACGGGGUGGCCCGGUGGGUGGAGGGGUGGGUAGAGGCGCUGAUCCCUUUCGAUCGAGACCGCCCAAUACCUCGAGACCACCGUCUCUUCAUGUGGACGAAUUCGUAGCGCUGGAAACGUGCGGAGCUCAACCGACAGGCCCUACUGGUUACAACAAGCUCAGCAUACGCGGAACAUGCCCACCGCGCGCUAUCAACAGCGGGACCAGAAGCCGGCCGUGGGCGCAAGAAACUCGUCCUCCGUACCUUCGUUAAUUCAUUCUUCCUGCUCCUCGAAUUCUUCUCUUCCUCAAAUUACGCAAAAACAUCCCAAUUUUGCUGUAGUACGAUCCUAGAGAUCGUUCGACAAAUCCCUGGCGAGUUCUUGAAAAAUGCAUGAUCUUUUUCGAAGUAACUCUAAAAAAUCAUGCUACGUCCUCCGCGAAAGUA